AGCUUUUACAUUCCCACACAUAGAAAAAAUCUUUCACAGUUUUAUAAUUUUAUUAUCUUUCUUUUCGUUUGAAAUCUUUGUGAAAAAAUGGCUAAUGUUGGAAACACUAGUGGGUCUACUCGUUUUGAAGAGGUAUGUCGUGAAAUGACGCAGCUAAAUGAUGAAAUUCAGAAGCUCAACGUGGAUGAUUUUGGUGCCAAUGAAGAAGCAAGGAAGAAGAUAACUGAUAUGACAACGAAGUUGAAAGAGCUCUAUGAGAAGAUGAAAGAAACUGUGAAGGAGAUGAAGGAAACCCAACAGUGAUAUGUUACUUUUACUUUUCCAGUGAAGCUAAAUAAAUAAUUGAAAUGUUGCUAUGCGUCUAAACUCUGAUGAGGAUUGUUAGACAAGUUAAUUAUUUUACUUUUCUUGAACUGUUUAAGUCCAAUGAGAGACUUUCUUUUAAGUAAGUAAUUGGAAAAAUCUGAUGACUUAUAUAUAUAUACAUGGUUGUUUCAA